AUGACAAGAGGACUUCGAAGAUUAAAGAAUUUGAACAUUGAUGGAGAUGGUGCAGAAGUUGCUCAGGAGGAGCACGAAAAUGUGGCAGAUAAUGAGAACAAUGAAAGUUUACAGUCCCCUCCUGAUGUUGAUGGUUUAUUAGUCCGCCUGCCACACCAACCUCGAAGUCCAAUUAAGAUCAUAUUCACAGAUUUGCCAAGUGAUCCUAUAUUGCACAACAUGAGAACUCGAAGGGUUCAAGCUGCCAGCAUGGGCAUAUCAGAAUCAAGACAAAAGCAAGUCUACCUUAUUUCACUGAUAAACAAAGGCAGAGUUGUGGCCAAAGGGAAGUUAGUGACUACAGAUAGCCAAAGAGAAAUAUUAGGAGCAAAGCUUGGACCAGAAUAUUGUGGGGUUCUUGUUGAAGGCCUUGAAAAUAUUGAACUUGGCAAUAAUAUAGGUGAGGAGGUACCUAGACCAUCUAAUCAGAUUCGUACACUAAUUGAUGUUAUUGGCUAUGUUAUUCCUUGGCCAAUUACACAUGUGAAGCAAGCUAGAAGCUCAUCUUGUACCCGCAACAAGUUGGUACCUGCAGCACGUGGACAAAGCUAGAUGGCGUGGACAAAGCUAGAUGAGAAGCCUAGUAUAAUUGCAAAGUGAAUCAGUUAGAUUCUAGUAGUCACUAAAAAUUUUAAGUGAUAUUUGUAUGAUAUUGCCACUUUGGCUUUGCUUCUUUGUGAACACAAUUGGCAGUUACUGAACAUGUUUUCUAUCGAGUUAGUUAGCUUCUUGAUAUUUUGCCAAGGCCAAAAGCAAUAUUAUUGAGGCUUUAUAA